UGCUGCCUGCGCCGAGCCAGCGCUGCUCGCUCUUCCGCCGGACUCGCCUCGAGCGCCGACGGACCCGGGGCGCCCCGCGCGCGCACAGGGAGCCGUUGGGCCCGGGGCCAUGCGGGGCAGCGAGUGAGCGAAGCGGGGCGGCCGGGCUCCCCCCUCCCUCUCCCGUCGUCGUCGUCGUCGCCGCCGCCUGGAAGCCGCACGCGGAAGCGACAGGGUUGAAUUGCUUCUGGAAAAUUUGAAGAAAAUCCAUUCUCCUGUUUUGGAAGACCAGACAUUCAGAUAAAUGCAGUAUCUAAAUGUAAAAGAAGAUUGCAAAGCCAUGGCUUUCUGUGCAAAACUGAGAAACUCAAAAAAAAGCGAAGUGACCACAGAAGCUCAAGAGCAAGGAUUGGAAAUAUUAUUCUAUUUGCAAGAGAAGCCUCCCAUUCGGUACACCAGUGGCGAGUAUACAGCAGAAAACCUGUGCAUUGAAGCUGCCCAGAAGUGCUCUGUAUCUCCAUUGUGCCACAAUCUCUUUGCACUAUUUGAGGAGAGUAGAAAACUCUGGUAUGCACCAAACCAUGUCUUCAAAAUAGAUGACAAGACAGCACUCCGGCUCCAUUAUCGUAUGAGGUAUUAUUUUAUGAACUGGCAUGGGACAAAUGAAAAUGAGCCAUCAGUCUGGAGGCAUUCUCCAAAGAAACCAAAGAAUUCCUAUGAGAAGAAAUUACUGUCGGAUGGAACUCCUAUCCUUGACACAUCUCCAAAGAAACAAAAGAAUUCCUAUGAGAAGAAACAAGUGCCAGAUGGAACCCCUAUCCUUGAUGCAAAUUCGCUAGAGUAUCUCUUUGCACAGGGACAAUAUGAUUUGGUGAAGUGCCUGGCACCCGUUCGAGACCCUAAAAAUGAUCAGGAGGUUCAUGAAAUUGAAAAUGAAUGUCUGGGAAUGGCUGUCCUUGCAAUCUCUCACUAUGCUAUCAAAAAAAACAUGAAGCUGCCAGAACUUCCGAAGGAUAUCAGUUACAAACGUUAUAUUCCUGAAACUUUGAACAAGACCAUCAGACAAAGGAAUAUCUUAACGAGAAUUCGGAUAAACAAUGUUUUCAAGGAUUUCCUUAAGGAAUUUAAUAAUAAAACCAUUUGCGACAGCAGUGUCUCUCCACAUGAUCUGAAGGUUAAAUACUUAUCAACAAUGGAGACUUUAACUAAGCAUUAUGGAGCAGAAAUUUUUGAGACUUCAUCAUUGCAGAUUUUAACAGAGAAUGAAAAACAUGGAUUUAAUUUUGGAGACAAUGGGAUCAUGCCACAGUAUGAAGUGAUGGUGACGGGAAACAAUGGAAUACAGUGGAGGCGCAAACCAAAUGUUGUACAGCCUGAGAGAGAGAAACAUAAUAAACUAAAGAGGAAAAAAUCAGACAGCAAAAACAAGAAGGAUGAAGAAAAAAACAAAAUCCGAGAGGAAUGGAACAAUUUUUCAUAUUUUCCUGAAAUCACACUCCUUGUCAUAAAGGAGUCCACGAUCAAUAUUAACAAGCAGAACCACGAAAAGAUGGAAUUAAAACUUUCUUCACACGAGGAGGCCUUGUCAUUUGCAUCUUUAGUAGAUGGAUACUUCAGACUUACUGCAGACGCCCACCUCUAUCUCUGCACUGAUGUAGCUCCACCUUUGAUAGUGCACAACAUAAAAAAUGGCUGCCAUGGGCCCAUUUGCACAGAGUAUGCCAUCAACAAAUUGAGACAAGAAGGGAAUGAGGAGGGGAUGUAUGUGCUGAGGUGGAGCUGUACAGACUUCAAUCACAUCCUCAUGACAGUGACGUGUUCUGAAAUCUCACAGCAAAGGUUAAAUGAAUCAAUCCAGUAUAAGAACUUCCAGAUCGAGGUGACAAAAGGCGGUUGCUUCCUUCAUGGCUCAAAUAAGUUUUUCCCAUCUUUAAAAGAACUGAUGGAUCACUUGAAGGGACAGACCCUUAGAACGGACAACAUAAGCUUUACACUGAAGAGAUGCUGCCAGCCAAAACCAAAAGAAAUCUCCAACUUGUUAGUGGCAACAAAGAAAGGCCAGGAAUGGCAUCCGGUUUGCCCUCUAGGUCAACUGAGUUUCCAUCGAAUCCUCAAAGAAGAAGUUAUGCAGGAUGAACACCUUGGAAGAGGAACAAGGACACAGAUUUACUCCGGGAUUCUCAAUUAUAAGGAAGAUGAGAAUGAAGGGUACCAGGAUGAAAAAGAAAAGAAAGUCCUCCUCAAAGUCUUGGACCCCAGUCACAGAGACAUUUCUUUGGCAUUUUUUGAGACAGCGAGCAUGAUGAGGCAAAUUUCCCACAAACACAUCGUCUUCCUUCACGGGGUCUGUGUCCGCGAUGUAGAAAAUAUCAUGGUUGAAGAGUUUGUUGAAUUUGGGCCACUGGAUCUCUUUAUGCACCGGAAAAGUGAUGUUCUUACAACUCCUUGGAAAUUCAAAGUAGCCAAACAGCUGGCAAGUGCACUAAGCUACUUGGAGGAUAAAGAGUUAGUACAUGGAAAUGUGUGCACGAAGAAUAUACUAUUGGCAAGAGAGGGAAUUGACCAUGAAUAUGGUCCUUUCAUUAAGCUGAGUGACCCAGGAAUUCCAAUAACUGUGCUAUCCAGACAAGAAUGUGUCGAACGAAUCCCUUGGAUUGCACCUGAAUGUGUUGAAGAUUCAAAAAAUUUAAGUGUUGCAGCAGACAAGUGGAGUUUUGGCACAACACUGUGGGAAAUCUGCUAUAAUGGAGAAGCUCCCUUGAAAGAUAAGACAUUAGCAGAGAAGGAGAGGUUCUACGAAGGUCACUUCAUGUUGGUAACACCAUCCUGCAAGGAACUAGCUGAUCUGAUGAAGCAGUGCAUGCACUACGACCCCAAUCAGAGACCGUUUUUCAGAGCAAUUAUGAGAGACAUCAAUAAAGUGGAAGAACAAAAUCCUGAUAUUGUCUCUGAGAAGAAGCCUUUCGCAGAGGUCGAUCCCACUCUCUUUGAAAAACGAUUUUUGAAAAGAAUCCGAGAUUUGGGAGAGGGUCACUUUGGCAAGGUUGAACUCUGCAGGUAUGACCCAGAAGGUGAUAAUACCGGAGAGCAGGUGGCCGUAAAGUCCCUGAAACCUGAGAGUGGUGGGAAUCAUAUCGCUGAUCUGAAGAAAGAAAUCGAAAUCUUGCGGAAUCUUUAUCAUGAAAACAUUGUGAAAUACAAGGGAAUUUGCAUAGAAGAUGGAGGAAGUGGGAUUAAACUCAUAAUGGAGUUUCUUCCUUCUGGGAGCCUAAAGGAAUAUCUCCCACGAAAUAAGAGCAAAAUCACCCUGAAACAUCAGCUAAAAUAUGCUGUUCAGAUCUGCAAGGGAAUGGAUUAUUUGGGCUCUCGUCAGUAUGUUCACCGGGAUUUAGCAGCAAGAAAUGUCCUUGUUGAAAGUGAGAACAGAGUGAAGAUUGGGGACUUUGGCCUCACCAAAGUAAUUGAAACCAAUAAGGAGUACUACACGGUCAAAGACGAUCUCGACAGUCCAGUGUUUUGGUAUGCUCCAGAAUGUCUGCUUCAGAGCAAGUUUUACAUUGCUUCAGAUGUCUGGUCAUUUGGAGUGACCCUCUAUGAACUACUGACAUACUGUGAUUCAGAGUCUAGUCCAAUGGCGGAGUUUUUGAAAAUGAUUGGCCCAACUCAAGGCCAGAUGACAGUAACGCGGCUUGUACGUGUAUUAGGAGAAGGAAAACGCUUGCCCCGGCCACCAAACUCCCCAGAAGAGGUGGACCAACUGAUGAGGAAAUGUUGGAUAUAUAAUCCAGGUGAACGGACGACCUUCCAAAAUCUUAUUCAAGGAUUUGAAGCACUUAUAAAUAAACUAUAAUUAACAUUUUUGUACGGUCAGUGCUUUAAAUGUAUGUCAAAUAUAAAUGCCCAGGUCCUUUUAUUUUAACUACUAUAGUUUGUACUCUGGCUAUGCUAAUACGUGUUUAACAGUUUCUUUUUCCAGUGGUUUCCUUUUUUUGGUGUAAUGAACACUUGGAGCAAAAUAUUUAAAUUCCCUAGCAGAAAAAUCUACUCUUGUUAGGGUAUUACUUAUUAAAAAAGGCUUGUUCAUUGAUCAGCCCAUCCAGUGCUUAGAUAUACUGAACUAACACAAAUCAGAAAGAACUGUGUCAAGAAAGGGAAUUUAUGAUGGUCCCAAGUCACACUGCACGUCAACAGAUGAAGCGCAUUAAACAAGUGUUCUGCAACUAGAAUGAUUUUCCUGAAUAACGAACUCAGAAGAUUGAGCAGAACUUUCCAUAGCAAUUUAAUUGCUUUUCAAAUAAUUUUUAGGAAAGUGGUAAGGUUAAAAAAAAAAAGUCUGGGCAAAAAAGGUCAUUCGAUGCAUCUGCAUUUCAAAAAUAUUUUGGCACAUAACAUUCAGUUCAGAUACAAUGUUAUCUAACCUACAAUUUGAAGUCCUGAGUUUUUAUGUUUAAAAAAAUAAAACCUAUACAUGUAAAUAUUCCAAAAAAAGAGUAUAUUCCAAUGUUUGAGUUUGCAUUUCAUUGCAGAAACCCAGUUUCGUACUACAGCUUUUUUACUUUUACUAAAACAAAAAAAAACCACCCUAAGCUAAAUACUUUCCACCAUUUUUAUAGCAUCCUAUAAACUCAAUCACAAUGAGGAUUUUCCUGGAAGCUGUUUUUUCGGGCCAGAUGUUUUUCUGUCCUGCACUCCACUGCAUUUAUUAACACCUGUUUAAAAAAACACGAGGAACAAAAAUUAAAUGAGUAUAUAGAUUAUUCACUUAUUGCAUUAGAAACAGCUUUUGGAUCCCAGUUUGGUAUGCAGUUAACCAGUGGGGCCAGACUGGGUCUGCUUGAGGUCUAUGACCAUAAACAGAUUUUGCAGUUGAAUCAAGGACACUGAAGUCAUAUAAUGUGAAUUUGGCAAGCUUUUAUUGAUGGUAGAUUAUUCAAACUGGCAACCUUUUGCUAAUCCUCUCCCUAGAAUUUAGGCAAUAUUGUCUCCCCCAAACCUGGAUUCUGAAAAUGCUUAGAGGGUACAUUUAGUGUUGGUAAUAACUGAAAAAUGUUUUUACAUAUUAAAGUAUAAAUGUAAUUACUGAACCCCAAACAAGUAGGAUUCAUUUUUACAGUAUUAUUUUUUAUUUCUGUACUUCACUUAUGAACCUGAGUAGAAUCUAUAUGCACUUUGUUACUCUUUAUACAAAUUAAUAAAGAUUUUUUUUCUUCA